AUGUCGUCAAUGAAAGGAUUGGUGCAGUUCAUCGCGGACCUGCGGAAUGCCCGGGCGCGAGAAUUGGAGGAGAAGCGCGUGAACAAAGAGCUCGCCAAUAUUCGACAAAAGUUCAAGGCCGGCAAUCUCAACGGCUACCAAAAGAAGAAAUACGUUUGCAAGCUGCUCUAUGUCUAUAUUCAGGGCUAUGAUGUCGAUUUCGGCCAUCUAGAAGCCGUCAAUCUGAUCUCCUCGACGAAGUAUUCUGAGAAACAGAUUGGAUAUCUUGCUGUCACCCUGUUCCUACACGAGGAACAUGAGUUGAUCCACUUAGUCGUCAACAGCAUUCGGAAGGAUUUGAUGGAUAAUAGCGAAUUGAAUAUUUGUUUGGCGCUACAUGCAGUGGCCAAUGUCGGUGGUCGAGAGCUUGGUGAAGCCCUGGGCAAUGAGGUCCACCGACUCUUGAUUUCGCCGACCUCGAAGGCAUUCGUCAAGAAGAAGGCCGCUCUCACCUUGCUUCGUCUCUACCGCAAAUAUCCUGGUAUCGUCCGGAAUGAAUGGGCUGAGCGAAUCAUCUCGAUUAUGGAUGAUCCGGAUAUGGGUGUUACGCUCUCAGUAACCUCGUUGGUCAUGGCUUUGGCUCAAGAUAUGCCAGAAGAGUACAAGGGUAGUUAUGUCAAAGCUGCGCAGCGACUUAAGAGAAUUGUGGUCGACAACGAUAUUGCACCAGACUACCUCUACUACCGUGUGCCCUGUCCAUGGAUUCAAGUCAAGCUUCUUCGCCUGCUACAGUAUUACCCUCCUUCAGAUGAUAGCCAUGUCCGUGAGAUUAUCCGAGAAUCUCUUAGGCAGAUCAUGCAAGCUGCCAUGGAAACACCAAAGAACGUGCAGCAGAACAAUGCGCAGAACGCAAUCCUCUUCGAAGCCAUUAAUCUCCUUAUUCAUCUUGAUUCUGAACAUACUCUCAUGAUGCAGAUAUCUACUCGCCUGGGCAAAUACAUUCAGUCCCGGGAAACAAACGUCCGAUAUCUUGGACUGGAUGCGAUGACACAUUUUGCAGCCCGGGCGGAGACUCUUGAUCCGAUCAAGAAGCAUCAAAACAUCAUCCUGGGCUCGCUUCGAGACCGCGAUAUCAGUGUGCGCCGCAAAGGACUGGAUCUAUUGUAUAGCAUGUGCGACACCACCAAUGCAGGCCCCAUUGUGAAUGAGCUUUUGCGUUAUCUCCAAACUGCAGAUUAUGCAAUUCGCGAGGAGAUGGUUUUGAAGGUUGCUAUCCUUACCGAGAAAUAUGCUACAGAUGCCCAGUGGUACAUUGACAUGACCCUGAAACUGUUGUCACUUGCAGGCGAUCACGUCAACGACGAAGUAUGGCAGCGAGUCAUUCAGAUCGUCACCAACAAUGAAGAAUUACAAGCUUAUGCAGCUCACACGCUUCUUGGCUAUAUGAAGACCGAUUGCCACGAGAGUUUGGUGAAGAUUGGCUGUUAUGUUCUGGGCGAAUUUGGCCAUCUCAUCGCUGACAACCCUGGAUCGAGCCCCAUUGAACAAUUUUUGGCGCUACAAGCAAAGAUGUUUACUGGCUCGGAUAACGCAAGGGCUAUGAUUCUCUCGUCAUUCGUCAAGUUUGUCAACCUGUUUCCUGAGAUCAAACCGCAGCUUCUUCAGAUUUUCCGCCUCUACAGCCACUCUCCGGAUUCCGAACUACAACAGCGAGCUUUUGAGUAUCUAUCCUUGGCAACACUACCAAGUGACGACCUGCUUCGGACUGUUUGCGAUGAGAUGCCGCCUUUCUCUGAACGAACAUCCAUUCUUUUGUCUCGCCUCCACCAGAAGACAGCUGGCACUAGCGAGAAGAAGACCUGGGUGGUUGGCGGUAAAGACGCAAACACAGACAAGAAGGAAGUCCUCAUGGCACAAACAACUGGUCUGAAGCGCUCGUUCACCACUAUCGUCAAUGGUACAAGAACCGGAUCCACUCCCAACACUCCAACAAGUGCAACAAGUGCAUCUGGUGACCUAGCCGGACUUGACUUUUUCAGCGGACCGGCAGCACCUCCUCCAAACCUUGCCAGUGCAGCUCAUUUGACACCAGACUGGGAGGUAGGCUAUAACAGACUCUACUUCGCGCACGAGGGUGUCUUGUUCCAAGACGCUCAAAUCCAGGUUGGGUUACGAUCAGAAUAUCGUGCUCAUAUGGGUGUUGUCAAGCUGUACAUUGCCAAUAAAUCCACAUACCCCAUCGGAUCCUUCACUACUACGAUUGAUAACCCGGCUACUCCAAAUCUGAAGAUCGACAGCAAAAACCUUCCCGAUUCUACCAUUGCGGCGUCUAGCCAAACCCAGCAAACCUUUUUCUGUGCCUCCCAUGGGCCCUUCGCUGAUGCCCCUACCAUUCGUAUUUCAUAUCUGGCUGGUGCUCUGCAAGCAUACACUCUUCAGCUGCCCGUUAUGAUGCAUAGAUACAUGGAACCAUCCUCAAUUUCUGCAGAUGAUUUCUUCAAGCGCUGGAGACAGAUUGGUGGCGGGCCUCUCGAGUCCCAGAAGACGUUCGGCUUGAGCGGGAAGAACAAGACCAUCAAUGAGGCAUACACUCGGCAGUACGUGGAAGGAUUCGGAUGGAAGAUCUUGGAUGGUGUCGAUCCGAACGUGCAGAACAUCGUUGGCUGCGCAGUAUACCAGUUUGAAGGCGGCAAGACGGGUUGUUUGUUGCGUCUGGAACCCAACUACGAGAAAUUGAUGUAUCGCGUUACCAUUCGUGCCACCCAAGAAGGAGUUCCGCAAGCUCUGGCUCGGCAGAUGGAGCAGAAGCUGGGGCAAGGAGUCAGGAAUGAUUGA